UAUACACUCAUCCUCUGCAAUUUUACCUCAAGCUAAUCCCCAAGUCUGUAUUGGCUGCCCUGGUGCAACACGCGAAGUCGAGCGCCCGCCAUUUCCAGAUGUCGCUAUACAUCGAGGCCGCAGUACACAGUUGCACUCGGGAAAUGCGCAAAUAAGCAUAAUCAUGAAUUAAAUCACGAUCGUGACGAACGUCGCUGUUUUUCUCGACGUAAGAAAGAAGUGCGGUGUCAAAGAGCGUGUUAUGACGUCCUCCGUUAUUUUCCGUUGGUCCAAGUUCCGGCUCGGUAAACCGCAAUAGUGGUGCGCAAAGUGUUUCGCUUGUUGCACAGUUGCCAAGGCGACUAUCGUGCGUGUGAGUGCGUUGAGAGCUUACAUCGUUUCUGUUGGUGUGUACGCGUAUUACGCUGUGUGCUAUGAUAAGAGACCGAUCGCCAAGACGCCGAUUCUCGUGCCAACCUCGCGUCUUCGUCGGCGCUUCGAUGUUCCGUUACGAUAUAGUCUGAAAAUUGCCGUGCAUUAUGGACUACUCGGUGAUGGGCCACUAUGGUCCCGCCGUAGAGGCCACGGAUCACGCUAGUGGUGAGGAGGAGCGGGAUUUGUUAUGUGAGUGCGUUGUUUGCGUAUCGCGAUCUAUCAGCUGGCAUCAGCUGUUUCUUCGAUAUUCGAAGAAUUCGACUGUCAUCGAGCAGUUGUUUGUUGUUGCUUACUCGGCAAAACUCACAGGGGAAGAGGGUAAUUAUGUUGUACCUGGGGAUGAAUAUGUACCUGCUACGGAACAGUUUGGAGAAGAUUUUGCAGGAGCUGAGUUUCAUGAGACUAGAACGUUACUCGCCGAUGGCGGAGAUAGGUUUGGAGUUAGCACUGCCACCUUCGAUACAGUUGAGGAACUUAUGUGGAUGGGAAAUCAAGGGGGUCAUGUAACAUCUUACUACGGGUCUAGUUUGCAAAAGUAUACCUCUUUUCAAGUUCAUGCGACACAAGAGAUAAGACAUAUUCAUCCUAUGGAUGAGGGAAUUCUGGUUUUAAGCCAAAGUCAGCUGAGAUUUCAAUUGCGUCGCGGCAUACCUAUAUUUACACACACGUCAGUAAAUAUGCAGGACAUGCAGUGCAUGUUACAAAUUUCUCCAACCAGAUUGCUUCUAGGUGGACAUCAGGACAAAAUCAUUGAUUUUAAUCUUACUAGAGGAAAAGAGAGUGGAUUAGUAGAUGUUGGAGAACAUGGAUGCGCAAUAUUGAGACAACACAGUAGACUUAUCUGUGCUGGUAAUCCUAUGGGAAGAAUAGAUCUCAGGGAUCCAACUACAUUGUCAGUAGAACAUACUUUGGACACACAUAGUGCUUCCUUAAGUGAUUUUGAUGUUCAGGGAAACUAUCUUGUUACAUGUGGGUUCAGCAACAGUCAUCAAGGCCUUACUGUCGAUCGAUUUUUGAUGGUCUAUGAUCUGAGACAAAUGAGAGCAUUAAAUCCAGUUACCAUUAUGGUGUAUCCUCUUUUAUUGAAGUUCCUACCAAGUUAUUCCAGUCGUCUCGCAGUGGUAUCACCGCUCGGGCAAAUGCAGCUGCUUGAUACAAUAUAUGCUAAUGUACAACCAUCAAUGACAUGUUUGUAUCAGGUUGCAACUGGAGUCGCUGGCAUACUAUCCUUUGAUGUAGCUUCAACAUCUCAAUGUCUUUGUUUCGGAGACUCAGCAGGUUUUAUACACCUAAUGUCUACCAACAAUCCGGAACCUCAAUUUAAUACAUUAUCUAGACCUACGGAGUUUGCCGAUCUAGUUCCAACCGUACAAUCGAUUCCUUUUGAUGAUGAUGUUACACCAUUAAGUACAAUACCAAUGAUAUAUUCUGAUCAACCACUUCUGAGUGAUUGGCCAGAAGAAUUUUUGAAAAAAGUUUAUAGGAAAACACCACUAAUAGAUCCCGAAAUUUUGCGUACAAUGAAGAUGCAGGGAACAAUAGGAUACGCGCCAAAUCCUCAGGCUUUUCGCAGAAAUCAAAUACCGUACAAUUUGGAAAAACGGCGUGGCUUAGUCACGAAGCUUUUCGCGGGGGACACACGAUCUAAAACCGAUGACGGCACCUUUGUGGCCAUACCCAAACGUUAUCGUAAAAUCGAGCUGAAGUAUUCACGGCUCGGUUACGACGAUUUUGAUUUCGAUCAGUACAAUCGAACCAGCUUUUGCGGUCUGGAGGCCACACUACCAAACAGUUAUUGCAAUGCUAUGCUGCAGUUGCUAUACUACUGCGAGCCUGUAAGGAUAGCAUUGCUCUCGCAUUCGUGCCAACGAGAAUUCUGUCUUUCUUGCGAAUUGGGAUUCUUAUUUCACAUGCUAGACACGUCACGAGGAUUACCCUGCCAAGCCGCGAAUUUUCUCAGGGCUUUUAGAACUGUACCGGAAGCAUCGGCUUUGGGACUCAUACUGAACGAUUUACAUCCGGAAGCCAAGAAAAAAAUCAGUUUGAUUAGACUCAUACAAAGUUGGAAUAGAUUUAUAUUACAUCAGAUACACUACGAGAUCCUGGAAACUCGGAAGCGGCAGCAAGAAGAAGAGGAAGCACGACUCAGAUCGGGUUGCAGAUAUCCGCCAUUUGUUUAUAACGAACAGGAUUUUCCUAGUAUCCUUGAGGAUCUCGGUUCUCGAUACAGGCAUCAUGAGGAAGAGAGGAAAAAAAAGAGGAAGCAAGAGGAGGAUGGUAAAUAUAUGUGGAUCACAUCGAAAGACAAGAACACCAAAAAAUCCGCCGAAGAGAGUGAGGUACGAGACGACGAAACUGAGAUCAGUCGCCUAUUUGGAUCUGAACAAAUGCACAUACAUCGCUGUCUCAAAUGUGGGCAAGAAGCUACGAAACAUUCCAUUAUGUUACUCUGUAACUUAGUUUAUCCGGAAAUAGUUAAUCCUUCUGAAGAGGUACCGUUCACAAGUGUUCUUGCCCGCAGUUUAAGACCAGAGAAAAUUACACCCGCAUGGUGUGACAAUUGCCAGAAAUUUACACCUACUCUCCAGUCUCGACAAUUGACUAAACUACCUCAAAUACUGGCUCUAAACUGCGGCUUAGAUACUCAGCAGGAUAAGGCGUUUUGGCAAAAUCAAAUGGACAUAGUAGUACAAAACGUGUUGACGGGUAAGGAGAGUAGUCCCAACUCCAGUCCUGUGCCUGUUACCGCGAAACCAUGUCGAUACGGCAAUAAUUGCACCCGAGUUGGAUGUCGAUUCAGACACCUUGGUCGCGAAUUAGAAACAGAAAAACUAUUGACAUCGUCCUCUGUCCCGUCUACCUCGUCAUCGGUGCCCGUUACAUCACCCCCUAGUCACUUAUAUUAUUCGCACUCCUGGAUACCUCACAAUAUAGAGAUCUCUCUACGAGAGAACGGAGAAAUAUCGGUGAAAAAAAUUAACGAAUUCAAAAAUGAUUCGAAUAGCGAUUCGACACAAACAAACGUGAUGCAGAACGGCCAAGCUGACAAUAAGGUACAAAUAAUUCCCGAGACUAUCGAAAACGAUCUGGCAAAAGAGAUUGAAAAUUGUAAUAUAGUAUCGAAUAACGAGGAUGGUGAGACAAAAAGUACAAAUCCAGAGAUUGCGAAAAAACAAACAAUUCAAUACGGUCUCAGUGCCGUUGUCUGUUACGUAGACGAUAAGAACAAUGAAGAUCGAAGAAAUAUUGUGGCGUUGUUGCGAGUUGGACCAAGUUAUCACGAACGCUCAGGACACGCUGUGUCACAGUGGUACAUUUUCAAUGACUUCUGUAUAUCACCGGUGACACCGCAGGAAGCGGUGUGGUUUAAUCUAGAUUGGAAAGUUCCGUGUGUACUUCAUUACACAUCAAUACCCGCGCCUAAACCCGCGACGUUUAUCAGCCCUCUUACAUACGAUGUUUUCGGAGAAGAUAAGUGUAUUGCUCGCAAUGGUGGAACCAUAGGCAUUACCUUUACUCCUUUGUCAUCUGAUGAAAUGCCAAAGAAAGGCGAAUUGGUGGGGAUUGAUGCGGAAUUCGUUACUCUUAAUCAAGAGGAGGCCGAAUUGCGGAGUGACGGAAAAAUGUCAACUAUAAAGCCGAGCCAUAUGUCAGUCGCACGAAUCACUUGCAUACGCGGACAAGGUCCGCUGGAAGGUACACCAUUUAUAGACGAUUACAUAAGUACUCAAGAACAAGUGGUAGAUUAUCUAACAAAAUUCAGUGGAAUACAACCUGGUGAUUUAGAUGCAACUUUGAGCAGCAAACAUCUUACUACUCUAAAAUCGACGUAUCAAAAGUUAAGAUUCCUAGUGGACAAUGGCAUAAUUUUUGUCGGUCACGGCUUGAGAAACGAUUUUAGGGUAAUAAAUUUAGUAGUGCCGCCAGAGCAAAUAGUGGAUACAGUUUUGUUAUUUCAUUUACCUCAUCAUCGUAUGGUGUCGCUACGCUUCUUAACUUGGCACUUUUUGGGUAAAACAAUCCAGUCUGAAACUCACGAUUCAACUGAGGACGCGCGAGCGGCCUUGGAAUUGUAUCGUAAAUACAAGGAACUGGAAAACUCUGGCACGUUAACCGAAACCCUUAAGGAACUUUACGAAGUCGGUACCCAAUUACAGUGGAAAGUGCCCGAUAGCUGAUACGAGGAGGAUACGUAUCUAGAUGAUCAAAUGUAUAGCGAUAACGAUGAUUAGAUGAAUAUUCAAGUGUUUAGUGCCCAACAUCAUUGUUCGGUAAUAUUCAUCCUUUGUAAAGAAAUAGAAUAUCAAUAUUUAAUCAAAGACAGGGUCGCACACUUGUCAUCUACGGAAAGAAGAUUCAUUCAACGCACAUCACAACAGAUGGAAGUUUAGAGACGCGUAUCGUGAAAUUUAUAGAAUUGCAGUUGCAAGAAUAAUUGCAGUUGCAGUGCAAGCAAAUUGAUACAUCACUUAACGUCGUUUCCACUCAUGUUAGAUCAUUGUUACAUCUGUUUACAAAACAUACGGUGUAUAUUGUAAUAUACAAAAGAGUCCCUCACAACUUAAAUAAUCGCGACACAUUAUUUCGCAUAACUUGCAUUUCCCUGUUAUUUCCACAUUCUUCGAGAAUCGUGUUUGACGUAUGUCAGGAAAUGCUUGUGAUCCGUAAAGUUGAUUGGGAUUAAGUUAUGAGGGAUCCCGCUGUGUGUUGGCAGCACUCUAUCAAAUAUUAUAAUAACAAUAUACACCAGAUUUUUACUAUCCGUCUCAAAUGUAUGUAAUCCGUCAGGAAGAUUAAGUGAAAAAACAAAUGUUGAUCGUGUGAUUUUAAAUAGGAAUAUGUCCGUUUUGAGUGCGGCGCAAAUUUAUAUAUAUUGUCUAAUAACGUAUGAACGUUUUGGGGAGCAGUAACGAUUCCGCACUGCCUAACUGAAUACUUGAUAUUCUCAUUUUUUGUCACUCGUAAUGUAUCCUCUAUUGAAGGCAACGUAUUCCAUCCCGAUCCAUCAAACAAUUUGCCGGAUGUGUAGGCGUGAAUAGUUAACAUAUUAGUACAGUAGCAAUAUAACUGAAUUGUGUAUCUAUAAGUAUAACAUCUCUCACUGUUUCUUUUUAUACGUAUUUUGUCUAGCUCAUUUUUGUACAAUUUUAUGGAACGGGGUUUCAUGCAGAUUUUUUAUACAAUAUGUACUUCAUUAUCCGAUGAACCUGUUUUUUCUCUUGAUAUCACACAUAUUAUUCAUUCACUUUUACACCAGACACAAUUUGUGACGAUUAUUAUAUCAUUGUUAUGUCUCGAAACUAAUCCAUUUGUGUGAAGCUCUUAAAAACGUGAAAACAAAACUUAUUAAAUGAAGAUGGGGUAGUAUAUUUUACAAACUGACAAUUGUACUCAUUAUAGAUUAUUUUUAUAUAUACAUUUUACCAAUGAAAAGAUGGUAUACUGUCCAAAUCUAUUAAAAAAGAAAAAAAACGAAAAUAUUAAUGAAGCAUAUAUAUUUUUUUAUAUCCGAAGAAACUUUCUUAUAAUUUGUGCGCAACGGUGCGCUCGUAUAUCUGUAAUUUAUAUGGUGGUUUCAACGAAAAAAAAUUGCGAUCAAUGAAUAGCGCAGUGUAACAUGAUGUUGAUGGUAAUCAAGUACUUGUUUUAUGCCAAUCGCUGUUACGUCAUUGUAAUUUUUCAAUAAAUGGUUAUACAAAUUUA